AUGCUCUCUCGUCACCUGUCCACUUUGGGUUCGCGUGUGGUUUUUACCACCUCAAACUCGCAGUUGCUCAAGAGGAACUGGUUGCUGCUGCAUCCACGUACUCCUGACCGCCAACUGAGAGCAGCGCCCUCCAAAGAUGUAUCGGUGUAUCUCGACCUGUCCGAUGACUGGUCAACGUUGCAAGGUGCAGAAACGUUGGGCAGCAGAAUCGCUGCCUGUCUCCCUCAUCUUUGUGAAAAAUAUGACGGGUCUGUGUUAGGCGCUCGCGAAUCCACCCAGCGGCCUGGGUGGCAUGAUAAGAGUGUUCACCAGCUGCUUGUGAAUGACAAUGCGUUUGCUGUGGCCCAGCUGAAUGGUGUUCCGGACGGAAUGCCACUGCGAUUGUAUCCUUUGGGUCACAUUGUGAGCAAUACGCGAGUCCUCGAACCUAUGAGCCUCGUCGAUUGGCAUUCCAAAUCCAAGGUCCCGGUCCAGGUUGAGCCCAUCUUCACCCGAAAUGACCUGUUUCAACCGAACAAGACCUAUUGGCUCCUCGGUCUGGCAGGAGAUCUCGGUCGUUCACUCUGUGAUUUCAUGGUUACUCGCGGUGCUCGACAUGUUGUCCUCAGCAGUCGAAACCCGGUGGCUGACACUCAAUGGGUUGAGGAACAUGCGUUUCAAGGGGCGAAUGUCACCUACCUGAAGGCAGAUAUUACCGACCGAGCUGAUCUCGAACGGGCCCGGCAGGAGCUGCUUCGAACUGCGCCUCCGAUCGCAGGUGUAGCCAAUGGUGCGCUCGUCUUGCGCGACAAGGGUCUAAUUAACAUGGAUCUGGGCACCUUCCAUGCCAACACUCGAUGCAAGGUGGAGGGCACGACAUACCUUGAUGAAAUGUUCCCUGACAACACGUUGGACUUUUUUAUUGCGUUCUCCUCUAUCAGCGCUACGGUCGGAAACAUGGGCCAAAUGGCAUACACUGCGGCCAAUAUGUUCAUGAAAGCGCUUAUUUCACAGCGGCCUCAUCGCAAUUUGGCGGGAUCUGUCAUAGACAUCUCUCAGGUCUUUGGUGUCGGCUAUGUCGAGUGCGAGAUGAAACUUCAGAACGCGAUGAGCCGUGAACAAGUAAUCCGACUGAUGGAUAAAUCCGGCACUAUCAUCAUGUCGGAACCGGAUCUCCAUCAGCUGUUCGCCGAAGCCGUGAUCUCCGGUCGCCCCGACUCCCAGCUCGAUCCUAAUAUCAUCACCGGAGUCCAGGCAAUGACUAGUGCGGAGUCCAAAGACGCCCUAUGGCGUAACAAGCCUCGGUUCGGCCAUUUCAUUCAGGAUGGUGGCGCUGUCAAACUGCCCAGUGCGACGAAGACGGCGACAGUGCCCGUGAAAACACAGCUCGAAGCCGCCAAGGACGCGGAGGAGAUGUCGGCAAUUCUCAAAGAGCAGUCUUUGAUGAAUGAUGAGAUGAUCGGCGAGACGACUCCUCUCAUCGAUCUGGGCGUUGACUCACUCGUCGCGGUCGAGAUUCGAACAUGGUUUGCACAAGAGGUGUCCAUGGACGUGGCAGUGCUCAAGAUCUUGGGCGGACCAUCGAUCCAAGAAUUGGUUGACGACACUUUGUCAAAGUUGCUCCCUGUUCUUGCAUGA